CGCGGGAACAAGAAAAUAUAGUCAGAUUUUUUUUUUUCGUCUUUUUUUUCUCCCAACUGCUACUGCUCGAGUGUUUAUAGUGCUAUUCCUCCUCCUCCUCCUCCUCCUCCUCCUCCUCCUCCUCCUCCUCCUCCUCCUCCUCCUCCUCCUCCUCCUCCUGCUGCAGCUGCUGGUGCUCGAGUGCUAAAUGGCUACUGCUCCUCGUGAACCCAUGCAGCCCCAGCAGGAGGGAACAGCAGGCGGAGGGCGCGUCACCAGUUUCUCCGUAAGGGACCUGCUGCAGCUGCCGGACAAGCCAACUAAAGGCGCGGGCGCGGGCGUGGGCGAGCAGACAGUGGUGAGGGAGGAGGCGGGCGGCGACACCACCACCAGUGUCACCACAGUGCCCACCACCACCACCACCGCCGCCACAGACCUGGCGGAGGCUCUGCACCACCACCCCCUCCACCACCCCCACCACCUCACCCACCACCACCACCACCACCCCUCCCCCGUGCAGGCCGCGGCGGAUUCCACGGAGAACACGCACGUGGCGGAGGAGGACUACACGGCGGAGGAGGAGCUGGAGGCGCUGGAGGUGGAGGAGGAGGGGGAGGAGGGGCGCGAGGCGGGCGGGCGCAAGAGGAAGCGACGCAUUCUGUUCAGCAAGACGCAGACCUACGAGCUGGAGCGACGCUUCCGCCAGCAGCGCUACCUGUCGGCGCCGGAGCGCGAGCACCUGGCGGCGCUCAUCAACCUAACGCCCAACCAGGUGAAGAUCUGGUUCCAGAACCACCGAUACAAGACCAAGAAGCUGUACCGCGAAGGCCUCGCUGCCUCCAUCGAUGCCCCAUACGGCGCUGCGCCCGCCGCGCCGCUCUGUGCCCUGCCGCCCGCCCUGCGCCGCCUCUCCAUGCCGCUGCUCGUCAGGGACAGGCUGACGGGGGGCGUCAACCCUCGACCCGAUGCCCACGACGCCGCGGCGCUGCUGGACCCACGCCUGCACGCACCCCUGCCGCCCGUGGCCUUCCCCGGGCUGUUCUCAGGCCUGCUGGGGGCGUCAAGCGGCCUCAGGCUGGGGGCGAUGCCCCCAGCUUUGGCCCAGCCUGGCCUGUCCCCCGCCCUGGCCGCCUCGCUGCUGCUGCCCACCCACCCCUUCCUCUCCUCUGCCUCCUCCCUCUCCUCCUCACUGCCGCUCUUCUCCUCCCCGCCCGCCGCCACCGCCGUCACCGCCGCCCGCGCCUCCCUCAAGCUGCUCGACGGCGGCGGUGGCGGCGGCGGGUCCCCGUCGCCCUCGCCCACCACCUCGCUGUCCUCACCACGGCCCCAUUCGCCCCCCUGCUCUACUGACGGCGCCGCCCCGCCCCGCUUACCCACCGCCCCCGCCAGGUGGUGACGCAGCAGUGCAUAGCAGCGGCGGCGGCGAGAGACAGCGGCAUUAAUAUCUCCGGACGGGCAGCGGGCGGCGGGCGUGGGUGUGGCGCGCCGCGGUGAUAACGGUGAAAGUGGCAGUGUGUGUGUGUGUGUGUGUGUGUGUGUGUGUGUGUGUGUGUGUGUGUGUGUGUGUGUGGUGCGGGCGUGGUGGUGUGGUGUGUGGUGACUAAUCAGUGAGAAGGGACAGGUAUACACACGUGUGGUGAGCGUCAGUUAGCCAGGCGAGGCGAGGCGAGGCGCGGCACAGUGACAACACACCAACUCACCAACACACCAACACACAACACACAACACAACAACACACCAACACAACACACAACACCAACACACAACACAA